AGUUCCAAAAACUGAUCAUGCAGGAAUUAGCAUCCAAGAUACAGUGCUGCUGACUUCCAGUUUUCGUGGAGUGAUGUGGAGCGUGGAUUUGUUGACUCACCGAUGACUGAGAUAAACUAAUUUUGUAUAGAGUGGUUUGAGUUGUAGUUUUCAAUACAUUAAAUCCAUUUAAAUACAUUUUAAUUUAAUAGUGUGCUUAUCGAGAAAGCCUUCUAAAAUGCCCUGUUUUAAAGUGAAGGUAAAGUGGGGUAAAGAAAAUUAUCCUGAUGUAGAAGUAAAUACAGAUGAAGAUCCACUUGUUUUCAAAGCUCAAUUAUUUGCUUUGACUGGUGUGCAACCAGAAAGACAAAAGGUUAUGCUUAAAGGAAUGACUCUGAAAGAUAGUGAUUGGGGAAACAUAAAGCUGAAAGAUGGAGUUACUAUAUUGAUGAUGGGAAGCAAAGAGGAGGAUGUACCUACAGAGCCCAUGGAGAAACCUGUUUUUGUAGAAGAUAUGAAUGAAAGUGAAUUAGCAUCAGCUUUGGAGCUCCCUGCUGGUCUUACCAAUUUAGGCAAUACUUGUUAUAUGAAUGCUACUGUUCAGUGUUUGAAGACCGUUCCUGAGUUGCGAGAUGCAUUGAAAGGAUUUCAAGGAGGUGUUUCUGUGGCAAGUUCGAUGGUACCAGCACAGUCCAUCACAGCUGCAUUAAGAGACUUGUACGAGUCAAUGGAUAAGGGUACUACUAUUCCUCCCAUUAUCCUCCUACAAGUUUUGCACUUAGCUUUUCCCAGAUUUGCAGAGAAGAGUGAGCAUGGAGGAUUUAUGCAGCAAGAUGCAAAUGAAUGUUGGACAGAGAUAGUCAGGAUGUUGCAACAGAAAUUACCUGCAAAACCAGCAGAAAGUUCAAAAGCUACUUUUAACUCUAUCGUUGACCAGUAUUUUGGGGGCACUUUUGAUGUAGAAUGGAAGUGUACAGAAUCAGAAGAAGAACCACCUACUUUUAGCAAGGAAACUUUUCUUCAACUUAGUUGUUUCAUAUCUCAAGAUGUUAGAUACAUGCAUUCUGGUUUAAGAUCUAAAAUGCAAGAGCAAUUGACCAAAUUGUCUCCAACCCUGGAGAGAGAUGCUGUUUACACUAAGACUUCUAAAAUAAGCAGGUUGCCUGCAUAUUUAACUGUACAGUUUGUGCGCUUCUACUUCAAAGAAAAAGAAUCUAUCAACGCUAAAAUUUUAAAAGACGUUAAAUUUCCUCUAGAAUUUGAUGCAUUUGAAUUAUGUUCAACGGAACUUCAACAAAAACUUACCCCAAUGAGAUCAAAGUUUAAGGAAAUAGAAGAUAAAAAAGUUGAAGAAGCUCAGUUGCAGAAAGGAGAUACAAAGAAAGAAGAUACUAAGGACAAGAUCUGGGAUCGAAUAACUCGGGAUAUUACACAUUGCAAGCUGUACUCACACAUAGGGGACGGUCUAGCUCUAGUGGACAUUAUGUGGCAUGGGUUCGACAGAAGGCUGAUGUGUGGCUUAAGUGACUGGCAUUGUGCGUAUGUAUUGUUAUAUGGCCCUCGGGUAUUGGAGGUGCCUGUAGAGGAGCAAGAGUCUGUGACUGAAGCAGUGGCGUCUCCCAUGGAUACUUCCACUGCAUCGUAAAAGCAGCGGGGCUGUACUAUUUGGUUGACUAUUGUUCAGUGUUAAUGUUUUGAUCUUAUUAAAAUGCCUUUGUCCUUAAUUUGCAUUAUGCUUUCAUUAAGGGUACACUUAAUGGAUUAUGCAGCUGAUAAUUGAAAUUAAUAUGAUUGGAGAUACCUGACAUUGAAAUGUGCUUGCCUCUCAAGUGGCACAUUCCCUAUUUUGAGUCAAAUAUACAUAAAGCAUGCUCUGUGUAUUUGGGUUGGGAAUUAUGGUGUCCAAUACAUGAAUUGCAGAUUUAUUCUCUCUGUGGCUUUUGAAGUGACCUUGCUGUUGCUUAACAUUCUGACAAUUAUUGUAACUGAUAUUCUAAUCCUCUGUUUCACAUGAUCAAUUAUAAUUGUAAUGAGCUUUACAUUCCAAAUGUAAAGAACAAUACAUGGCUUUUCAUGCAGAUGAUCUGCUGUAUACGGAUAUUAUGCAGUUAAGUUGCAAUGUGUGAAGUUAAUAUAAUUUUUUUCUUAAAACCAUUGUUCCUGUGACUGAAAUGCUCAUUGCCCUAUUUUUAGAGAAGAGAUUCCUUCCAUUUAAUCUCCUGAACAAGAUGCAAAAGCAUGCUUGUCGUAAAUAUGAUUUACCUAAUAUAAAAGACAACAAGUUUACUUUUUCUAGCCUCUGAAUAUUUGGAAGCUAGUAAAUGUAUCAAACGUUUGUUAGUUUGUAUUAGGUGUACAGAAACAGCUCUUUUAAGCUGAACCAGAAAUAGACACUUAAUGGAAUAAAAGUCUGCACACCUGGUUACAAAAACAUGAAUUUUUCAAUGAUAUUCACAACUUUUUUCCACCUUGAAAAUGAGGGUAUGUUCAAAUCAAAAAUAAAUAAUCUAUUUCUGUACAUUUAUUUUGCAAUAAGAACACAUAAUAUCAUGUACUUUAUGUUUCAAUUUUCUGUUCUUAGGAAGUACCUUAUAUUUAAGUCAGUUUCAUCUUGCUCUUCUAAAGAGAGCUUUGUAUACAUUUGCAUUUUGAUGUGAUUGUGCUCUCUGAGAUCUUGUGAUUUCUGAGAAUAACAUUCUCAGAAAGGCAGGUACUCAGGAAAUGUAUUUUCUCAUUUGAGAAUCGUCUGCCGGUUUUAUCAUUUACCCAGUUCAUAUUGAUUCGGUACCUAAUUAAUAAAUGUUAAAUUUAAAAACUCAUAUUCAUUAAAAAAAAGAGGGGGGUAUUUAAAUAUAUUUUUUUACUUCAAGCCUUUCAAAUAUGUAUUAAUUGCAGAGAUAUGACCAUCAUCAAAAAACAUCCUGUUACAUGAACUUCCCCGCUUCAUUAAAAGCAUUAAAACAAAUAUUUUGCUUGUGAAACAAAAUCAUCUCAAGGGAAAAGAAAGAGAGAGAGAGGAGAGUGAAAAGAGAGAGAGGGAGGGGGAGAUAGAGAGAGAUAGAGAUAUGUAAUUCUUAAAUAAAAAAAAAAAAACAAGGUAACUCUUUAAAACGAUAUAUCCACAAUUAUUUCUUCUGCAGCAGCAAUGCACCAGGUACUGUCUAGUUUGAAAUAAAAUUUGCUAGCCUUCAGGGAAUAUCAGAUCGGAAUACAACAAUGACUUGGGAGCUAAUUUUUGUGAAUUAUGACUUAUUGUUGGGUCAUGAUUUACCUGUAUGAAAAACAGUUAUAUUGUCAAAUUUGUGUUGAUAUUUGAAAAUAUUUAGUUUUUCCACCAAA